AUGGAUAGAAAUUAUUUAGACCGUCGAUCAUACUCGUGGUCCGGAAACCCUAGAUCGUACAUAUGUGAUUUUUGCGAGAGAGGUUUCUCCAACGCACAAGCUUUAGGUGGGCACAUGAACAUCCACCGUAAGGACAGGGCAAAACUCCGACAAGCUGUCUUAAACGACGGAUCUUCUCUUUCUUCUAGUCUUGAGAACAUCGAUACCGAUCCAUUAGCGAUGAACAAUUUUCCUGUUCCGGAUGCAAGUUCCGUAACUUUAUCGCAACGAUGUGGAUCGGAAUUCGUAGAACGACCUUUUUUCUUCGAUAUAAUGAACGAUACGAUCGACGUAACAGAAGAAUCGGAAGGGAAGAAAAGUUCCGGGGAAGAUGAAGACAAGAAGAUGAUGAUAUUUCAUGAGGGUUCAUCCCAAAGUGCAGAAGUAUUAGAUCUCGAGCUUCGUCUAGGGUUAGAUCCUUACAAGAACUCGACAAGGAGGAGUUAUGUGGAAAGGUAAUUAAUUCCAAACUAUAUUAUACAUUUUUUUGCCAUUCAUUGUACAUAUAUAUAUAUAUAUAUAUAUUCCCCGUGGAUCCUCUUGCUGU